CUUACUGCUGCAUCGAAUCGACGACAAUCUAGGGACCGGUGUGCCUCUACCCCUCCCCCCACACCUUUCCCCCCUUUUCACCACCCUCCCUCUCCAAGCAAUGCGCUCGCGCCCAUACACCCCACCACCCCCACUACCACCCCUCCUGACCGAACUCUCGGCGUACCUCCCGAACAGCAGCCGCGGCCGAGACACCAAUAGCAGCAAAUACCACCAAUGCCACCACGGUAAUCACGGUAGCGCCGUCGCAUUAGCGGACCUAGACCCGGAGACCAGCCGUCUGCUGCCGCGGAAGCGACAGCCGCAGCCGCAGCACCGCGUGCGCGUGCAGGGGAAGCUGGCCCCCGUGCGCAGCGUGUCGGUGGUUAACUUGGUGCGCGGCGGCGCGGGACCGGGGGACCAUCAUCAUCAUCGGCGGCGUGCGCACUCGCCGCGGGGCGAUGCUGAGAUGGACGCUGCGGUGGGGGCUACGCUGACGAGGCCAAGGACGAGGGGGAGGAGGAGGAAGAGUUUAGAUGAUGUGGAUGUGGAUGUGGAUGUGGACGGGGAUGAGGGUGGGGAUAUGAAUGGGGAUGGGGGCUACGAGGCGGGAGAAGAUGAGGUCGGGGAUAGGGAUACGCAGCUCAGGGGGUAUGGGAUCGGUGGGAGGGGGAACAUCCGUCGGCCGACGGAUGUCAUAGGGACUUCUUCAUCCAGGACAACAUCGCUAUCCUUGUCCUCGCUCUUCUCAAGCUCUGGUCCUGUGUCUCCGGGGCCGGGAUCAGGGUCAGGGCCGGAUAAGCGGUUUACUCUUGCGGGACUGCUGAAUCGUAUGGAGGAUCGCAGGGUGGAAAGAAAGGGGUAUCAAAGCUAAAAGAAAACAAAAGAAAUCGUGCAUGGAGUCAUGUGUAGGUAGGUAUAUGUUAUUGCGCGAUGGAGCUUUGGCUUGUCUUGUAUAGAUGCAUUACAUUUGGUGGUGGUUAGGCGUUGUCGCGUGUAUUAAAAGACU